AUGUUAUCCUACCAACCAACGCCCGUCGAGGCGGCGCCAUAUAUGCUACGACCUGAUCUGUAUCCGCCACAGCACCAAGACAAGAUCAACACAAUUGAUUCAACAGAUGACUUCCACCGCCUGGUGCGAGCCCUCUCUGACGUACUGGGCCCUUCUUCCGGCAUUGACUCCGCCGACGUCGACGAGAACGAUCUCAUCCGUCUCAUGGAAGGCUACGUGUCACAAGAAAGCCAGUGGCAUCAAUACGCCUUCGCGGACACGAGCCGAAACUAUACUCGCAAUCUCGUCGAUGAGGGUAACGGCAAGUCGAAUUUAUUGGUAGUGGUCUGGAAUCCAGGACGGUCUAGUCCAAUCCACGACCACGCCAAUGCGCAUUGUGUGAUGAAAAUCCUCAAGGGGAGUCUCAAGGAAACAUUGUACUCCAUGCCGCCAGGCUCCGCAGACAGCCAGAUAAAGUCAUCUGGCACGUUGACUCCACCACAAAUCGUCAAAGAGACAACUUAUGCGGAAAAUGAAGUCACCUACAUCUCCGACCAGAUUGGCCUCCACAAAAUCUCCAACCCCUCCAGCACCGAGGCGGCCGUUUCUUUGCAUCUAUACACUCCGCCUCACGCGGCGAACUUUGGCUUCAACCUCUUUGAUGAGAAAACCGGGAAGCAAACACAUAUCAAGCAAGCCGGCUUCUUCUCCGACCGCGGCAAACUCAUUGAAAAAUGCAAGUUUGGGUCUUUCUAA